GUAUUUUUAUGCCACCCCUGCUUUCGCUUGGAGACUGUUAGCCUCGACUUCGGUGUAGCCUCCCAAAUUUCUACUGUAAAUAUGGCUGACUUUGAAGCAGACAUUGUUGAUGAAUGCAGGAAUUUAGAGGAACAAGACCUUUCUCUGGAAAAUGAUGCUUUAAAAACAGAUGUAUAUUCAAAACUUUUGGCAAUAUAUAUACUACAAAAUGAUCUUGUUCAUGCAAAGUUUCUAUGGAAAAGACUCCCAGAAAAUGUCAAAUCUACAACACCUCACUUAGAAUUAUUGUGGAAAGUUGGUCAGUUGCUUUGGACAAGAAACUUUGCUGCUGCGCAUUUGGCACUCAAUCAGGAAUGGCCACCAGAAAUAAAUAAAUACAUUCAAACCUUGAAAGAGAAGCUACGGGAAAGAGUUAAAAACCUGGUUUCAAAAGCAUAUUUGAAUAUCCGCAUUGGAGAGUUUGCAAAUUUGUUGGGAAUGACCGAACAAGACGCCAUCGAAGUUGCUCGUCAAAAGGGUUGGCAAAUUGACAUCCAAUCAAGGUUUAUCCACCCCAAAGCACAAGAUUCUGGAAACCAGACGGAGGUGAGCCAGCAGAUAACAAGUGAACAGCAACUCGCUUGCCUCACCGAUUACAUCUCGUAUCUUGAAAAUUAAGCCAACGCCUUUCGGUUGUUGAAAUUCAUCUCUCUUUCAAUCGCGAUUAUCGAAAGGCAGACUAGCGUUCUCUUGAGCUGUGAGAGAAAAAAGAUACUGUCUGCAGAGACGAGUUGUUUAAUUGACAGCUAUAUCCUUCUUUCAAAGUAAGGCAGAUAUUUCUUUCAUAUGCUUACAAUAUUCAAAAGAUUUUGGAACAUUCAAUGUUGUUUAUCAGUUAAGAUUGUAAGAAGACUGAUAAUAUCUGUUAUGGCAUCUUGAACCUUAUUAU